UAUUAUUCUACCUCACUCCUACCGCCCUCUUCUCACACACAGUCACACACUGCUUCCAAUCUCUCCCCGCCCACCGCCCAGCCUCCCCAAGUGUUCAACACGGCGAUCUCUGUCCUACUGCUGCUAAGUAUCUACCGCUCAAUUCUUACUUUCCUACGUUAUUCUUUCUCCACUGUUUCUUUCCUACCUAGCGGUCGUUUCGUCAUCACCCAGCAGCUGCUUUCCUUCUGCCUACCUGCAAACCCGCAGCUCCCGUAAUCCUGAAUACUCCCACCCUCGAUUACCUACAGGUCGUUCAAUCCAGCAGACGCAUUCCCUAUGGCUCCUCCUCCUCCGUCGAACUUGCCUUUGGUUGAGAGGCUGAAGGCCCUCGCCCAGACAUUGCAAUUUGCUUGGUUUAUUGGGCAUGUGACGUUACUUAUUUCCGUUUUCCGAUACUUCCUUUCAUACAUUACCUUCAACUACUACUCCAACGCCGCACAAGUAUCUUAUCGUCUUGCAUUCUUCUCUGCCGCUGCUACAUAUGGCAUCGUUGUGUACAAGGGCCAUAUCGCUCGUGGUCGUCUUCAAGGAAGCGUGCCCAACAUUGCGCUGAAACUUGCGGGUGACGAGAAUGUUCAGUAUCUUGGAAUGGCUCUGGUGUGGCUCUAUUCCCGCCAGGUUCCCCUUGCUCUACUGCCAUUCAGCGUUUACUCCAUUUUCCAUGUUGCAACCUACACUCGCGCCCACUUGAUUCCUACUAUCCAGCCCCCAACUGCCGCCGCAUCCCCCGCAUCUCCCGGCCCCUCUCGCGCUGGUGUGAAGCAAUCGCCCCUGGCAGAGACUAUUGGGAGGUUCGUCAAGCAGUACUAUGAUGCCAGCAUGGAUCUUGUGGCAGGAUUGGAAAUGGCCCUCUUGCUCCGUUUGGCGGUGGCUAUUCUUACCUUCUCGAAGGGAAGCUUCGUUCUCCUGUUCAUCUACCUCGCCUUCUUCCGCGCCCGCUUCACCCAGAGCACCUUUGUCCAGCAGUCCGUCCGCCACUUUACCGCGAGAGUUGAUGCCUCUGUGUCUCACCAGAGCACCCCACCCGCUGUGCGCCAGGGAUGGGAAUCGUUUAAGGAAUUUGUGCGCCAGGCUUACUCGGCUACUGAUAUCAGCCGCUUCACCGCUGGAGCAGGCGCCAAGAAGCCCCAGUAAGGGAUAGGCGAGAUGAAUAAUGACGAUAUCAUACUCUGUGCUGGGGAAUGCUGAAGGAAGACUAUAAUCACGAUGGCCCUGUCGCUCCCUCCAGCAACCUGUUAUCGUCAUGUCUAUCGACUCCGAAUGCCAAGUACCGUAACUGAUGAGAAUUUAACGACCCAACAGGCCAUCAAUCUCAGCUUUGGUUGAGAAGUGGCAAUGUAACGAAUGAAAAGGAUGGUUAUGAGAUAACCACAUGAGGAAGGCUAUAGAUUGGUGUGUUAUCUUUUGGGGGUAUUGUUUAUAACAACCCAAGUUUGUCUGUUGUUGGAGCCAGUAAAUGCUGCAAGGAAUAGCACCUUACUACCUAAG